UGGUUACUACAAGCAAUUGUUGGAGCAGUACAAGCAAUAAAUUCAAGAGCCUACUACUAUUGAGAAAUGCAACCUGCGUAUGUUCUGGGGUAGAAUUAAUUUACAUUCAAGCAUCUAUUUGCAACCUAUAUUCAUUCAAUACAUUAAGCAAUUACAUCGAUUUGCAAUUUGGAGGAGAAUUGGGUUUAACACUAAUUCACGAAGGGGUAUUUUGUUCAUUUACUUUGGAAAUGAGCGGCAGAAGCACAAACAGACCGUGGGUAGACAUAUCCUUUGAACGGAUAAAAUAAUAAUUUUGGAGGGUGCGUGAGAGGGAUGGAGGGUGGAAUAAGAAAAUCUCCGAAUUCUACUAUCAUUAAAAUUUGAGAUAAAAAGCCCAAUCUAUUUUUUCAAAAAUAAAAAAAACCGCUACCGCUUCUUACAGCAGAAACAAGUUUGAAUGCACUGAACUCAUUUCGCCGGGAAAAAAAAAAAAAAAAGCUCGUCGGAAAACGCAGCCGGAGUUAGUUUCCGGCAGCCAGAAACAGUGAGAAAUUCCAGGUUGCUACAUUAUUGCUUGAAUUCAUCACUACAAAGGAAGAUUUCAAUUAAAUUUUUAGAGAAUGGAGAAAAGUGUUGCAAUUGGUUCCAAUGAUGCAUCAUCUUCAUCAACAACAACUGCUACUGCAAUUGGAUCUAGGUUCUCCACUCUGAACAAGUCCUUCAAGUUUGCUAUUCGUUCUUUGCUAACUUCAUGUUCAAAGGAGGAAUUUGUUGAAGCAUUCUCAAGUUUUACCAAUGCUGAAAAAGAUUAUCUUCAUCGCCUAUUUCUUCAGGUCAUCACUUCUCUGCAUGAAGACCUCGAGGAAGACUUUGAGGCAAUCUGUCUCAAAACAAAGGUGGGAACCACUCUUGAUGCUGUUGAGGAAAUUGUGGAAGAACAAGAUCUGGAUCUUUUGUUUUCAAACAGGAGUAACAUAGUAGAUGUUGCUGAGAAUCUGUCUGCAGCAAAGAAGAACGAAAUUCAGACCUUAAUGCACAUGGUGCAAUCGGGAGAGGAACAUAAUCGAAGGCUCCGCAACCAGCUGCAACUCCUUAAAGAAGGCAGUCAAGUCUUGUCUGAUGCUUCACAUGCUAUUGAGAAGCAGAUCAGAAGCAUAAAUUUAAACUAUGGGGCCAACAGUAGUGAUGAGAUGCAUGAUGAUGUAUAACAUUUCUAGCACACGCUGUCCUGUAAAUUCACCAAGUUUCAUCCACUGUAGGAUCAUCUCUUUAAUGUUGUUGCAAUGCUGAAGAUUCAAAUAUUCUCCAGGCAAUCUUAGCAAAUAAUUGUCUUUGUAUAGUAUCAUUAUUAGGGCUUAAACUCUUUGCUACUCCUUUGCGUUACUCUAUUUCGACUUCAUAGAUAAUGAGUAGUUCAAAUGUGAAAAACAUUUACAAACCUUUACUUGUUGUAAGUAAUUUUUAUGAUUAUCAAUUAUAUUGGGAUUUAA